AUGCCUCUCACAAAGCGUGCAGUAUCUCCAGUUGACAUUAGUCGGAAAGUUUUACCGGCCUCAGUACAAAGAGAUGAACUUCAGUGCACUGCAAAUGGAACAAUUGCCAAUCUUAUAAGGCAGUUGAGCUCUUUGAGUCAACACGCAGAAAACAUUUUCGGGGAAAUCUACCAUGAUGCAAUGAUUAUUUAUCACAAAGCUAACACUCUUGAGCAGCGCAUUGAUCGUCUACACACGAAAGUAACUCAGUUAGAUUCCAGUAACGACCAGGCUAGUUUAAAUGAAGCAAAUAUGCGGAAGGCAUUUAAAAGCUCAAUGCUUGUUGAUCAACAUAUAUUGGAUAGAAGUACUUUGCCAGUAGCACUAGCCGAGCGUUAUUCGAAGUGUGAUCCUCCUCCAGAUCUUGACGCAUUGAAUCCUUACAGGGAAAGUAAUGUUCGGGCACUCAGUCUUUACACAAAUCCUUCAUUUUUCUUCGAUUUGUGGAAAAAAGAGACAUUGAAGGAGGUGACAGAGCGCCCACGACGAGUGAAAUCACCAGGAGAUGGUAGUAAAAGCCCGAAAAAGAAUCGUCGACAAAAAACAAUUCCCGCUGGAUCAUACGCUCAAGGUGCACAUCAUGCUAAUGAUAGCGCUCGGAUGCGGAAUGGAGCCAGAGCCGUCAGAAUGCCACAAAAUGAGAUGUUCUCAUUUCCCGAAGAGUACCAAGCUCCUCAAGCUCUUGGCCUUCAGCUCAACUUUAAAAAUCAGUCCGUCUCAAAUCUCGACCAUCUCCCCCCUCCAGACAUGUCGAUUCUUUCCAUUGAUGACGAUGAUGACGAGCUUCCGCCGCCACCGCCGCCAUUGCUGAUGCACGCGUCCAUAGUUCAUCAACUUCCUGUUGAGCAGCCUACUGCAAUACAGCUCGUCGAGCCAAGCGCUGAACCUGCGAAUAUUCCUCCUCCACCCCCUCCACCUCCGCCAAUCCCUUCAAACCUCAGCAAACCAUCAUCUGCAGCAACUUUCUCAUCAACCAGGCCCGAAGCUGAUUCCAAUGGUCAAGCUUCUGUCGGGGCUGCUCCUGCAAAGCCCACUGAUGCUCGAAGUGAUCUUUUAGCCCAAAUACAAAGUGGCAUUAAACUUAAAAAGGUCCGUCUCGCUGAAGAUGCUGCCGCUGAAAAGGCUGCUCUUGAAACUAACGACGUGGCUGCUAUUCUCAAGAGAAGAAUGGACCAAGUCCUUGGUAAUGAUGACAGUAGUAGCGAAGAAGGAGCAGAUGAUGAUGAAUGGGAUGAUUAA